CACUUGCCCUCAGCCUCGCGGGUAGCCACGUGCGUCUGUUCUAGGCAGCAGCCACGGCUGGUUUCCUGAGCCUUCACCUAGCAAACUCCAGCAGUCUGUCUUUAUAGAGUCGUCUCGCACUUUCCUCCACAGCCCUCCACACUCACCGCAACUCCUCGUCACACCAUUCACAACACAACCGCCCAACAUGGCCGACCAGCACCAGGAUGCGACGAUGACUUCCAUGAGCUGUCCUUUAAUGAGCAUUCCGUUGGAGAUCCGCCAUAUGAUCUUUGCACAUGCAACUGCACAGGACGUUAAACCCAAGAAGCUGCUCCGUUACUGGUUCGAAAAGAAGGAAGUCCAGGAGCGCAUUGCGCAAACCGCAGCCACUGACCCCAAUGGCUCAGGACCUUGUGUCGCGCAGAACGACGACAUGUACGACGACAACGACGACAGCGAUGUGGGUGAAGAUGAGGACGAGAACGAGAACGACGAGCAGAACGACGACGAUGAUUCCGGAGAGGAGGACAGCGAGCACGAGAACCAUAACGAGGAUGAGGAAGACGAGGAUAUGGACGAUGAGGCUGAAGAUGAUGAUGGCGGUACAGCUCCCCAGAUUGGCCAGCCUUUGGCUCCAGCCGUUAGUCAGCUCCUUCACUCUGCUCUGGUACAAUCUCAGGCCUCCUUUCAUACACAAAUCCAAGCGCCUAAUGCUGCAAUUGACGGCGAGGAUGGAGACGAUGAUGAAGACGAGGAGGCUGAGGCUGAGGCUGAGGCUGAUUAUGAUGAUGAGGACGACGACGGAACCAUGGACCCGGAAUACAACGAGGAUGAUCCAGCUGCCACCGCAACUCAACGUCCACCGCAAGCGCCCGUCAUCCGACCCCACAGAAAGUGGCGUCACAUCCCCAAAUUCAUGCGGAUCACCCAUUGUCCCCCUCCGGUCGAGCUCCUUCUUGCAUCUAAACAGCUCAGCAUCGAAGCGAAGAAUUGGUAUUAUGACGUGGCAGUACUACGGAUCGAGGCCACAGGCAGCUUUGCUCACACCAGUUUCUUUGAGGAGGCUUUCAGCCAAAUCGUCGAAGCCGCAUUCUCCCCAAUGGAAAACAUCCGCAAGGUGGAAGUGACAUUUGUGUGGGAUACCACCUGGCUUCGCGCCGACGAGACUGGUUGCGCGGACGCCAUCUUCCCUGCCUUGCUCAGACAGCGUGCCAACUUCGUCUUUCAGAUCCUCUCACAGGCUCCCGAUCUCAAGGAACUGGUCAUCGACUGGCACGAUUCCGCUGAGGACACUGAGAGUGUCAGCUUCAAGUUAGAUAUCCUUGAGCCCUUCUUCAACCUACCCGCCAGUGUCGAUGUCAAGGAGCACUAUAUCGCUAAGGAUGCAAAGCCAUAUAGAAGGUCUGUUGCCGGCAAGCGUCGUAUCGAAUUCCAAAACAUUGUCGACAGAGGUUUGGACCGGCUCUUCUGAGUCUUGUGCGAGAUGCGAGAUACGAGGCACUACGAGAUAAUACAUAGCCCAAUUUCUUUCUCGAACAUCGGCGGGGUAUAUACAGCAUGCGCCGUUCGCGAUGUGUAACGCUUUGCUGAUAUACAAACCCAAAGCUAUGCGCUACUGCUCUAUCUUCGUUCAGGGUUGAAUGUAGCUACAGGCGUCGAUACAUGAGGUGGUAUUCCCCGUAUUGGCGUUGG